CAGGCUAGCAGCUAACCAGCUAACCAGCUUGAUCAGAAAAAGCUCAAUGGAUCAUUCAGCUGGUAAGAACAAGACUAUCAGCAACAAGAUCACAGAGAUAGUGAGGCUGCAGCAAAUGCUGAAGAAGUGGAAAAAGCUUGCAGUUGCACCAAAAAGCAACAGCAAGAAGAGUAUCAAGUUCUUGAAGAAGACACUGUCCUUCUCAGACACUAGUAGUGCCUCUUCAGAGAUGUCUGGUGGUCAUGAUCAUGUGCCUAAAGGGUUCCUUGCAGUGUGUGUGGGAGAGGAAAUGAGGAGGUUUGUGAUCCCAACUGAGUACUUGAGUCACAGAGCAUUUGAGUUGUUGCUCAGAGAGGCUGAGGAGGAGUUUGGUUUCCAGCAAGAAGGUGUGCUGAGAAUACCAUGUGAGGUUUCCUUUUUUGAAACCAUUCUUAAGGUGGUGGAGAAGAACAAGAAAGGCUUUUGCUGCUGUUCUCUUGAGGCAGAGUUGGCUAAUGCCAACCACUCUCCCAAACCAAUAUACAGAUAA